AGACUUUAUCAGUUAAUCCACACAUGACUGAUCACGAUUUAACGUUUGAUUAUUGAGCGUGAUCGAAACAUCUGAGGGAUUGCUACGCUCGUGAAUGCACCAUCAGGGUUUUGUGGGAGGAGAAGGGGGGCCGGACAGGACAUACCUCCCUCCAGAUAACUGAGCCCACGAGGACGGAUCAUUAAAGACCAGUAACACCAGCACCAUGGAGAGGGCACAGAAGACCGGCAACAUGGGGGACCGGACAGGAACCAAGACCUGGUCUGAGUCUGAUGAACUCAUCUUCUUUGUUAAUGGGAAGAAGAUUGUUGAGAAGAACGCAGACCCUGAGAUGACCCUGCUGACAUAUCUGCGGAGAAAAUUGGGUCUAACAGGAACCAAGCUGGGCUGUGCUGAGGGCGGCUGUGGAGCCUGUACUGUAAUGCUGUCCAGAUACCAAACACACAGUAAGCAGCUGCUUCAUUACGCCAUCAACGCCUGCCUGGCCCCUCUCUGCUCCCUGCACCUGGUGGCCGUGACGACUGUGGAGGGAAUCGGCAGUGUGGCGAGGAAGUUGCACCCUGUCCAGGAACGAAUUGCAAAGGCUCAUGGCUCUCAGUGUGGUUUCUGCACGCCAGGUAUCAUCAUGUCCAUGUAUGCCCUGCUGAGGAACAAUCCCACACCUAAGAUGGCCGAUAUGGAGGAGGCUUUCCAAGGAAAUCUGUGUCGCUGCACUGGAUACAGACCAAUACUGGAAGGAUACAAGACUUUCACUGUGGAGGGGGGAUGCUGUGGAGGGAGGGGGCAGAAAAAUGGCUGCUGUAUGAGUAAUGGGAAUGGAGCACAGAAUGGUUCAGAGGAGAAAAUCAAUGAAGCUACGUCUCUUUUUAACCCUGCAGAAUUUGCGCCCUUUGACCCUACGCAGGAAGUCAUCUUUCCUCCGGAGCUCAUGACUCUCUCUAAAGAUCAGAAGCCACAUUCGCUGUGUUUCCAUGGUGAGCGAAUGACAUGGCUGCAGCCUGACAAUCUGGAUGAGUUUCUGAAUCUGAAAUGGAAACAUCCAGAUGCCCGUGUGGUGGUGGGAAACACUGAAGUUGGUGUUGAAGUUAAGUUUAAAAACAUGGUUUACCCAGUCAUCCUUGCUCCAACCUUCAUUCCUGAACUGAGCGCAGUGACUCACACUAAAGAUGGGAUUGUGUUUGGUGCAGCAUGCACUCUCAGCCACAUGGCGGUGGUGCUGAGGCAGGCAGUGGAAAGUCUUCCUCCUCAUAAGACUGAAGUGUUCCUUGCUGUCCUGGAGCAGCUGCGCUGGUUUGCUGGAGUGCAGAUUCGUAAUGUAGCGGCUGUCGGUGGAAACAUUAUGACAGCCAGCCCCAUAUCAGACCUGAACCCGGUCUUUAUGGCAGCCGGCUGCAAGCUCACUCUGGUGGACAAAGAUGGAAGCCGUGAGGUUCAGAUGGAUGAUGGGUUCUUCACAGGUUACAGGAGGACAGCUCUGCGACCACAGGAGAUCCUACUCUCAAUUCAUAUCCCAUACAGCAAAAAGACUCAGUUUGUGUCUGCCUACAAACAAUCCCCUCGCCGUGAGGAUGACAUCAGUAUCGUCACUGCAGCGAUGAGUGUCACCUUCACCCCUGGGACCGAUGUUGUUGAGGACCUGAGGCUGAGUUAUGGUGGCAUGGCACCGACCACAGUACUGGCUAAGAAGACGGCAAACAGACUGAUGGGAAGGCCGUGGGGAGAGGAGCUUAUAGAGGAGGCUUGCAACUCAUUGGCUGAGGAGAUGAGCCUGGAUCCAUCUGUGCCGGGUGGCAUGGUGACAUACCGAAGAACUUUAACUCUGAGCCUCUUCUACAAGUUCUACCUAACAGUGCUGCAGAAACUCCGACUGCAGGGGCUAAACGUGACCGAGGUCACCUCAGAUUGUCUGAGUGCGACUGAAGUGUACCAUCCAGAGACACCAUCCAGUGUUCAGAUCUACCAGGCUGUGCCAAAGGGGCAGAGCCAGGAUGAUGUGGUGGGCCGUCCCAUAAUGCACCUGUCGGCCAUGAAGCAGGCGACGGGUGAGGCGGUUUACUGCGAUGACGUGCCGCUGUACGAGAACGAGCUCUACCUGUCACUCAUCACCAGCAGCAAGGCCCACGCUCGAAUAUUGUCUAUAGACACGUCAGCUGCUGAGCGUUGCCCUGGUGUCGUCUGCUUCCUGUUUGCUGAUGACAUCCCCGGCAGUAACACCGCCGGAUCUAUCAAAUUUGAUGAGACUGUCCUUGCUGACGGCGAGGUGACUUGUGUGGGUCAUAUCAUUGGUGCUGUGGUGGCCAACACUCAGCUUCAAGCUCAGAGGGCUGCCAAAGCUGUGAGGAUCGAGUAUGAAGAGCGGCAGCCUGUCAUAACCAUACAGGAGGCCAUUGCCACCCAGUCCUUCUAUCAGCCAAUCAGAACCAUACAAAAUGGGGAUUUGGAGUUGGGGUUUAAACAGGCUGACCACAUCCUGGAGGGUGAGAUGCACAUCGGUGGUCAGGAGCAUUUCUACUUGGAGACAAAUGUCACUCUGGCUGUUCCCCGAGGAGAAGAUGGAGAGAUGGAGCUCUUUGUUUCCACCCAGGCACCCACCCAUACACAGUCUCUGGUGGCAAGGGCAUUGGGUGUCCCUGCAAACAGGGUGGUGGUCCGCGUGAAGAGGAUGGGUGGAGGUUUUGGAGGAAAAGAAUCCCGGACCACUUUGCUAUCCACUGUGGUUGCUGUGGCAGCAAAUAAACUGAAGAGGCCUGUCAGGUGUAUGUUGGACAGAGACGAGGACAUGCUAAUUACUGGAGGAAGACAUCCCUUCUAUGGUAAAUACAAGGUUGGGUUUCUAAACAGUGGGAGAGUUGUUGCCCUGGAUGUGACGUACUAUGGUAAUGCUGGAAACUCCAUGGACCUCUCUCAGGCAAUUGUGGAGCGAGCUCUGUUUCACAUGGAGAACUCAUAUAGAGUGCCAAAUAUACGUGGCCGAGGUUUCUUGUGCCGCACCAACCUGCCAUCCAACACCGCUUUCAGAGGCUUCGGAGGGCCACAGGGUAUGAUGGUGGCAGAGAGCUGGAUGACCGAUGUGGCUCAAAGUCUGGGGAAGUCGCCUGAGGAGGUUCGGCGGUUGAACUUGUAUAUGAAAGGUGAUUCAACUCCAUUUAAUCAAGUCCUGGACCAGAUCACCUUAGACCGCUGCUGGGAUGAAUGCAUGUCACGCUCUGGAUACCAGCAACGUCGAAUUGCCAUUGACCUCUACAACAGACAGAACCGAUGGACCAAACGGGGAAUUGCUGUGGUUCCUACCAAAUUUGGCAUCAGUUUCACUGCACUUUUCCUAAACCAGGCUGGGGCUCUGGUUCAUAUCUACACAGAUGGCUCAGUGUUGUUGACUCAUGGAGGGACUGAAAUGGGACAAGGACUUCACACCAAGAUGGUUCAGGUUGCCAGCAGAGUUCUGGAUAUCCCCUCCUCAAAGAUCCACAUAUCAGAGACCAGCACCAACACAGUUCCCAACACCAGUGCAACCGCUGCCUCUGUAUCCUCAGACCUCAAUGGUGCUGCCUUGAAGAAUGCCUGCGAGAUCCUGCUGAAACGUCUUGAGCCAUUCAAGGCCAAGAAUCCCAAUGGAACGUGGGAGGACUGGGUGAAAGCAGCUUACUUUGACAGAGUCAGCCUCAGUGCAAAUGGUUUUUAUAAGACUCCAGAUAUUGGUUAUGACUUUGAAACAAACUCAGGCAGAGCCUUCAGCUAUUUCUCCUACGGAGUGGCCUGUUCAGAGGUGGAGAUAGACUGUUUGACUGGAUCACAUAAGAACUUGAGUACCACCAUAGUGAUGGAUGUUGGCAACAGCCUCAACCCAGCUAUAGAUAUCGGACAGGUUGAGGGAGCAUUCAUGCAGGGUCUGGGUCUCUUCACCCUGGAAGAGCUUCAUUAUUCACCCCAGGGAGUCCUCCUCACUCGGGGUCCUGGUUCUUAUAAAAUCCCGGCCUUCGGUGACAUUCCUACCCAGCUUACGGUCUCGUUGCUUCGUGAUGCUCCUAAUGAAAAGGCCAUUUUUGCCUCCAAGGCUGUAGGUGAGCCUCCUCUCUUCUUGGCAUCUUCAGUUUUCUAUGCCAUCAAAGAUGCCAUCAGUGCUGCACGGGCAGAGUCAGGGAUUACCGGGCCAUUUAGACUGGACAGCCCUGCUUCUGCCGAGAGGAUCCGCAAUGCCUGCAGUGACCGCUUCACUAAACUGUGUCCUCCAGCUGAAGCGGGAACCUUUAUCCCCUGGUCUGUUCAGGUGUAGGACGCUCCACUGAUGAUCAAUCAAAAAACCUCAAGAACACAUUAAGUCACAUUUAAUGAUGCCUUGUUUCCAGAAAAGCUCCUGAAGGACCAAAUAUUACCCAAUGAUUUAAUUAUGAUAGGAUUAGAAUAUUAGGAUAUCCUGGUGUGGUGUUACUCUAAUCAUUGUCUACUCAUACAGCAUUAAUAGGAAAGAAUUCAAUUUUUUUUUUUUUUUGCACUUUCCCUUUAAUAUUUCAGUUGUAAUUUUGUAAACUGAGUAUUAAUUAAAGGGGACAUGUUCUGCAUUUUCUGUUCUAUAAUAUAGAGUAUAUAUAAUAUUGCAGUGUUACAGAGCUAACUUUAGGUCAUUAUUACAGACAAAGCACAUCUCAUAGCCAAGAGCUGCUGUACUUCUCCAGCCUUCCAUGAGCUGUCCAGUUAUUAGAAUGUGAGCUUUUAUGAGGGACGGUUGUUAAAAAAGGUUUGGAUAGCCACCAUGACCUAAUUCCCUAUUGAUUUGGUAAGUCCUGUUGUCAAGCCUCAACAUUUUGACCACUAUAGUCUUUUUUCAAGCCAGAAGUGACCAUAUUUGGAACAAGAGGGAGAGCUGUUAGAUUGUACAGACACAGAUAUCUGCUUAUUAGUGCUAAAUAAUGCAAUAAAAGUCCUACAGUUAGCAGUUAGUCAAAGAGGUCACACAUUGAAUAAUGCAAACUUUAAGCCUUUGUUAAAUUUAAACAGGCUAAAAACAUGUUUAUUUCAAUUAUAAAGCUGGACAUUUUAACAUAGGAGUUUAUUGGGACUCACUUUUAGAGCCUCACAGGUACAUUAGGGGAA